AUGGUGGAUUUUCCCUACUCACUGCUCCGGAGCGAAACCCCUUCCGUGACUCCAGCCCCAGCCGGGCCUCGCCAUCGCUUUGGAACCACUUCUGCGCGCGCCCCCCGCGCAAUCCCCAGUGCCUCGAGCGCGGAGAUCCCUGCCGCCGCCGGCCGGGGACUGAUGCAUAUUCAUAAAACACGCUCCGCCCAGUCCUAUCGAAGACUGGCCACUGAGGCGCUCGCAGGCGCUUGCUACCACGUGGGUUCUAGGCUAGGCGCGCGCGCAGGGCAGCCGGUCCCGGGCGCUAUGGCGGGCUCUAGCGCGUGCCGUCUCCGCGUGCUGGUGGACAUGGACGGGGUGCUGGCUGACUUCGAGGGCGGAGCGCUGCGGGCUUUCCUCGCCCGCUACCCUGGAGAACCCCACGUGGAGCUGGCGGAACGCCGGGGCUUCUCAGUCCGGGACCAGUACCGCUGCCUGCGGGAGGACCUGGGGGCUAAGGUAGCCAGUGUCUAUGAGUCACCUGGCUUCUUUCUGGGGUUGGAGCCGAUUCCAGGAGCCAUUGAAGCCAUGCAGGAAAUGAUCCAUAUGCAGGACACUCAAGUUUUUAUUUGCACAAGCCCCCUGCUGAAGUAUGAGCACUGCAUCCUGGAGAAGUACAGCUGGGUGGAAAAACACUUGGGUCCUGAGUUUGUGGAGCGACUGAUUCUGACCCGGGAUAAAACAGUUGUGUCAGCUGACCUCCUUUUUGAUGACAAAGACACCAUUAAAGGUGCGGAGCCUAAGCCGAACUGGGAACACAUCUUGUUCACUUGCUGCCAUAACAAGCAUCUAGAGCUUCAGACCCCACGUAGGCGGCUGCAGUCGUGGGCCGAUGACUGGAGGGGGAUACUGGAAAGCAAACGCAGAAGUGAUGUGGAAGAAGAAUGCUAUGCUAGUCUCGUUGCCAAUGGAAACGGACAGGUUGGGAACUGGCAACGAAAUCCCAUUUAAAGGAAGCGCACCGACCUGGGUAGUGGCAGGUUUAAGGGCCAAAGAUACAAAGCUUAUUUUUUAAGAUAUGUAACUUCUUUAGACUAUUUGGAGGGAGAAACUCGACAAGAGAUGAGCAGCUGCUUAUAGCAUGUUUUGGGUGGGCAGGAAGGGAGGAUGAAGAAAUUAGAAAGAGGAAGCAGGGCUGUAAAACUCCAUGAAAGCACUCUGCCCCAUUCAGUCAUGCAGAACACGAAGCUGUAAGUAUGAGGGACACAGUCACAUUAGGAAAGGAAAUCUUGUUUUCAACAGUUUAACCAUUUUAAUAAUCUCGCAUACUAAACCAGCUUGGCUGUUUAGCACCCUUCCACUUUUCCCCCUGCUUGGCGCAUAAUGAAAGUAGAUAGUUUCACUUCCUGGUUCUCUUGCAUUAAUGUGAGCUGCUAAGGUUUGGGUUGCAAAUGCUGUACUCAGUGAAUGUCUGAUCCAGAAUUGUCUACACUUAAUGUUUUAUUCAGAGUAAGUUAUACAAAAGCUACUACAAGACCGGUUGUCCUUCUGUGCUGCAGUCUGCUGUUAGUAUUCCUUUUUAAAUCUUAAUCUGCAUCUUUCCCACCAGCUAUGUUGUGGUGAAUACAUUAUUCCUAUUGAUAUUUAACAUCAGAAGAGCUAAUUUACUGGCCAGGUGGCUGUGGUAUGAGGAUGCUGGCUCAUACUUAGUCCUGAGGUAUGUGAUCAGACUGCAAAUUGUAAGGGGAAGAAGGUGCAUUCUUUCCUACUGAGAAAUAGACACUUAUUUAAACAUA